AAAAAGAAAAAAAUGAAAAAUGACUGCAAUGUUUCGUAAAUGAAAUCGGCCAGUCGCCGACUGCAUCACAUCGGACCGCCCCACACCAUCGACCGAAAGACCGGACCCAUCGGCUGGAUGGCAACGACCCAAAGGCCCAUCGACUCAGUGGCUCAAUGACGAAAGGCAACCUUUGUUGGCUAUGCAGGCGCCCCGUGGUGACGAAGGGCCCCACAACACACAAUCCGACACGCAAUCCGACACACAAUCCGACACACAACCCAGCUCGCUGCUUGUCCCUCAUCUCGCUGCAAGGUGCAGGCGAUGGUCAGUGUAUUCGCAAGGAGGAGCAUUCCAGCCGACCAAGGCGGCCCUCCCCGUUCCGCACGACCUAUUUGGCGCUUGAAUGGUUCCCGCGCUCGGACACCGAGGGAGUCAGAGAAUGGGGGGGGGAGCAUUCCGACUGGGCCAGUCCGAGAGGGGAUCCCGACAGAUCAAGAGGGUCCAGGGUGUCGAGAGCACCGGGAGGCAGAUCCAACAGGGCGCCAGGAGCAAUGGAGAACAGCGAUGGGGAUGGAUGUUGGCGACAAUCAUCAUCGGUGGCGGCUGGAGUGCUGGCCAGGAAGGCCUCGCGCCGAUUGCACCCCCUCACUCGCUCUCCCACCGCAGACAAUCCGCCAGGACUGGAUGACGGUCAUCAGGCGGCACUGGUCGGGCGGUGGUGGUGGUGGUGGUGCUGGCUGUGGUGGGUGGUGGGUGAUGGAUGGAUGAUGGAUGGAUGAUGGAUGGAUGAUGGAUGGAUGAUGGAUGAGGAGGGCCUUUGUUGCUCCGGCUGGCCACCAGCCUGAGACAAAAG